CGCCCGAGCGCCUCAGUCCGCGGCCCGACAUCACCAGAUAAGCAUCGCAGUGAUCAGUGUGGCGGUGGUGAUCAGUGACACAGUGACGCAGUGACAGUGAUUUGAACGGCCGGCCAGUGAGGUGUCGUAUGAGGGAUGUAUGGAUGGUGGGAUGAGGGGGUGGCGAUGAGGCAGUAUGAGGAACACCCGUCACUCCUCAAACAUCAUCUCGAUCUUGGCUGCCCUCAUUGUGUUGGAUCACGUCAUCAAUUUUAGGGUGAAGUCUUCAGUAGUGGCACUGGGGGCGCACGCCAUCUGUAACCGCGUCCCCGGACUGACUUCGCGCCAGAGGGACAUGUGCAGAGCGGCCCCUGACGCCAUGGUGGCCGUGGGUGACGGUAUACGACUGGCGACCUUGGAGUGUCAACAGCAGUUUAGCAAUCACAGGUGGAACUGCUCUGCUAUUGGCAGAGGAAACUCUUUCGGUCACGUGGUGGUCGUUGGCAGCAAAGAAGCCGCGUUCACAUACGCCGUCAGCAGCGCCGGCGUGGCGUACGCUGUAGCGGCAGCCUGCGCCCGCGGAAACAUCUCUUCCUGCGGCUGUGACCCGCGCCACAAGACGCGGAAGGAGUUGGCGCCUGCCGGCUGGAAGUGGGGCGGCUGCAGCGUGGAUGUCGGCUAUGGCAUGAGGCUGGCACGACGGUUUCUUGACGCUAGAGAGCUGGAGUCUGACGCACGCAGUCUGAUGAACCUGCAUAACAACAAGGCCGGCAGAAAGGCCGUCAGACAGAGUCUAGUGACGGAAUGCAAGUGCCAUGGAGUCUCAGGCUCUUGCACGAUGAAGACUUGUUGGAAAACCCUCCCUCCGUUCCGAGUGAUCGGCGACAACCUGAUGAGGAAGUACUGGAGAGCUAGGCCUGUGGUGGCGCUGCCUUCGCCCAAAGGACUCGUGCUGUCGACGCGGAGAGGGAGGCCAGGACUGUCGGGGACCUCUCCGAAGAAGUCAGACCUGGUAUUUCUGGAGCAGUCCCCCAACUACUGUGAGAGGGAUUUGUCCACAGGGUCGCUUGGUACAGUAGGACGUCUGUGUAACCGCACAUCUACAGGCACUGACGGUUGUGAUCUUCUUUGCUGUGGACGAGGCUACAAUACCCACCAGUUUACAAAGAUCACCCAAUGUCGCUGCAAGUUCCAUUGGUGCUGUUACGUCAAAUGUGACACUUGCAGUGAACGGACUGAACAAUACUCUUGUAAAUAAACUGUUGAGGCAGCUGCAUAAAGAAAUGGCAGUAAGGGUUCUGUAUAAAACGUCGUUCGAAAUUUGUACAGGUUAUAUUGUCAAUAGGUUGACAUUCCAUGCAACAACUGCUAUAUCACUGACGAUAAAAAUGUAUUGUUGAAAGUGUAUGGAUAUCUCAAUGAUUUUUACUAACCGUAAAGUCAAGAUUUUGAAGCUUUAAAAAUUUUUUAAAUAGUGUGUAAAAAUGUAUCCUUGUAUACAAUUUUACCGUGCGAUCAUUGCAACUUGAUACAAACAAUGAACACAGCCUGCAAAAUAUAUGUAAUAUGAGAUAACAAAUUUUAACGCAUUUUUUCUACUCGUUUAACCUAUUUUAAAGAUUUUACGCAAAAUUAUGUUUUACUCCUGACUGUAUAUUCAUUGCCUAACCCUGAUUUGUGACUAUAUAUAACGUUGAAAUGGCUUUGUGUUCUUACGAAAUCUGUUUGUUGUGCAUUAAAAAGAUAUGGACUACGGAAUGUUUAUUCAAUUUUAUUCAGGAGAAGUUUCUAUUAGAAACAAUUUUACGCCUUGAAUGUGAAAGUUUCACGUACAAUAUUAGUUCUUUACUUUUGGUGCUGCAACUGUCACAGAUAAUAAAUGCUACUUGUUAUAAAUCAUGUACUUAUUUGAUGAACAAAAUAAUUGU